AUUGAAGCUGUUUUGGUUGCUAACAGCUAACUAAAAUAGUUUUACGGACUUGUAAGUGAAAAUAAUUCUUCGAAAAUUUCUAUUUUGAUUCUUUGAAAUGUUUGUUGAAACAUGUAUAGCACCUGUAAACAUAGCCCUAAUCAAGUACUGGGGCAAGCGGGAUGAAGAUCUCAUACUUCCUAUUAACGACUCGCUCAGCGUGACCCUUAGCACCGAUGAGAUGUGUGCAAAGACAACAAUUGCUGCCUCAGCUUCCUUUAGGUGUCACGUUAUGUGGCUGAACGGUGAAGAGGUGCCAUUUGAGGAGAAUCCACGUACCAUGCGUUGUUUGAAGGAGAUACAGCGACUCGCAGUUGCAAAAGGACAACUAAAAUUCCCCAUUGACUGGAAGUUACACAUAGCCUCCCGGAACAACUUUCCUACAGCGGCAGGCUUGGCCUCCAGUGCUGCUGGUUACGCAUGUUUAGUAUAUACGUUGGCUGGUCUCUACGGCGUUGAAAAUGAAGAAUUGACGGCAAUAGCACGUCAAGGCAGUGGAUCUGCAUGUCGUAGUUUACAUGGUGGCUUUGUACGCUGGCACUCAGGCAAACUCAAAGAUGGUAGUGAUUCCAUUGCACUACCUGUCGAGCCUGCUGAACAUUGGCCCGAAUUACAUAUUCUAAUAUUAGUAGUAAACGACGCACGUAAGAAGACUAGUUCGACCAAAGGUAUGCAACGUGCUGUGGAAACAUCAGAUCUGAUCGCACAUCGUGCUCGUUUCUGUGUGCCUGAGCGUAUAGCAGCAUUGGUUGAGGCAAUCAGAAAACGAGAUUUUCAAAAGCUUGCAGAGAUAACCAUGCGUGAUUCGAAUCAAUUUCAUGCCAUUGCUUUGGAUACGUAUCCGCCAUGUGUGUACAUGAAUGAUGUGUCGCAUGCAAUCGCAGAGUUUGUACACGCCUAUAAUAACGCAGCUGGUGAGGCAAAGCUUGCUUAUACUUUUGAUGCAGGUCCAAAUGCCUGCCUUUAUUUGCUGAAAUCAGAUGUAAGUGCUGCGAUAGCCGCAAUUCAAACGAGCUUUCCCAACGAUAUGGGUCACAGUGUGGAAUAUGUUAAGGGCAUACCAGUUGGAUGCGAAACUAAGGAGAAAAACGGGUUUAAUGGAAAUGCCACUUUACCUAUUCAUGACAAGAAUCUCUUUAAGUAUAUAAUCCAUACACGUAUAGGGAAGGGUCCACAACGUCUCGAUAAAGACGAAAGUCUUUUAGAUUUAACUCAGGGUUCACCAAUUGAAACUUAAUAUUUUCAUUUGGCCUUUAUUAAUUUUCGCAGGGACAAUAGCAGUGCAUAAUUGUGACAAUAAGAGUCUAUAGACUUUCAUAUUUUGUA